GGCGUCACUGGGCUCUACUAAGGAAGGACCUCAAAAGGGCUGCUCCAAACAUCGCCAGCUUACAUUCCUAUAAAUGUAAUAAAAUAUUAGAAUAAAUGCAAAUGGAUUUUUUUUGUUUGUCGCUUGAACGAAGACGACAACUGUUAUUUGUCUAAUUGUAAAAACCAAAGCUACGAUAUAAUAUAUCUUAUUUAUCUUACAGUUGUUGACUAGCUAUUUACGCGUCUCGGUUCGAUCAGGACCUCAACGUAAAGUCGCUCGGACAUGGGAUCUAAAAAGCAUCGGCGGUCCAGGACGCGGUCCCGUUCUAGGGAAAGAGAAAGAGAAAGAAAUAAAACCAGAACGGCCAGAUCACGGUCUCCGGAAGACAGGCAUGGUCGAAACCGAUCGCCUGUGAAAGGUUCUCGAAGACGAGCUCGGUCAGAAAGCGGUAGUUCAAGGAGCAGUGCCCGUUCCCCGGGGCCCAGUCGGCCUCAAGGCAUAACAAACGCACAUUCCAGCGAUUCCGACUGUGGAAAGCCGGGUACGGGAGACCACAAGCCAGGUGGGAGAUCUAAAGGCAGAAACAGCUCGUCACCCGAUGACCAAAGAGAGGAUAAACACAAGAAGAAGAGUCGGAUGAAUGAAAAGGGAGAACGGAGACGAAGCCGGAGCUCUUCUCGUUCCAGCGCGCGCUCUGUUGCCGAGCGACGGAACUCGUUGGACGGUGAUGACGGAGAGAGGUCGAAACGGCGGAGGAGUGUGGAGCGCCGGAGCAGGAGCCCCGGCAGAGAGCGGGACGAUAGGGAGAAGGGGAGAAGCAGAGGAAGAUGCCGGCGCAGCGAGGAGAGGGAGAGGGAUCGCGACAGAUGGAGGGACAGGAGCAGAGCGGGAGGCGAGCGAGACAGGACCGGGGGGCGGAGGAGGUCGCGGUCAGGCUUAUCGGCCUCGUCUGGGUCGUCCGGCUCUGAUCGGGAGAACAGCGAAAGUGGGCAGGGCCCCAGGUCCGUCAGAGAGGAGCGGAGGAGACAGAAGGAGCUGAUGAAGGCUCUAGAGACUCCGGAGGAGAAGCGAGCUCGCCGCUUGGCCAAGAAAGAAGCGAAAGAGAGGAAGAAGAGGGAGAAGAUGGGAUGGAGCGAAGAGUACAUGGGCUACACCAACGCCGAUAACCCAUUUGGGGAUAACAACCUCCUGGGAACCUUCAAAUGGCAGAAAGCUCUUGAGAAGAAGGGAAUAGGGCAUUUGGGAGAGAAGGAGCUGAAGGAGAGAAACAAACGCAUCCAAGAGGACAACCGCAGGGAACUGCAGAAGGUGAAACAGUUGCGUCUGGAGCGAGAGAGGGAGAAGGCCAUGCGUGAGCAAGAGCUGGAGAUGCUGCAGAGAGAGAAGGAGGCGGAGCAUUUUAAAACCUGGGCAGAGCAAGAGGACAACUUUCACCUCCAUCAGGCCAAGCUACGGUCGAAGAUCCGCAUCCGGGACGGCCGGGCCAAGCCCAUCGACCUGCUGGCCAAGUACAUCAGCGCAGAGGACGACGACCUGGCCGUGGAGAUGCAUGAGCCCUACACCUUCCUGAACGGUCUCACUGUCACUGACAUGGAUGACCUGCUGGAGGACAUCAAGGUCUAUAUGGAGCUGGAACAGGGAAAGAAUGUGGAUUUCUGGAGGGACAUGACCACAAUCACAGAAGAUGAAAUCAACAAACUCCGGAAGCUGGAAGCGUCGGGGAAGGGGCCAGGGGACCGCCGCGAGGGCAUCAACACGUCGGUGAGCAAGGAUGUGCAGUGCGUCUUCAAGGGCAAGACCUACAGCCAGCUCCAGGCGCUGCACGUGAACAUCGAGGGUAAGAUCCAGGCCGGCGGCUCCAACCUGGACGUGGGCUACUGGGAGAGCCUUCUCCAGCAGGUGCGCGUCUACAUGGCGCGGGCCAGACUACGGGAGAGGCACCAGGACGUGCUCAGGCUGAAGCUGUAUAAGCUGAAGCAGGAACAGGGAGUGGAGAGUGAGCCGCUCUUCCCCAUCAUCAAGGAGGAGCCAGAGAGCGAGGAGACGACUGCACAAGAGGCGGAGCCGUCUGCCAGUUCUCCCUCUGAAGCCGUCGCGGAGGGGGCGGAGACGAAGGAGAACAGGGUUGACGAAAGUGGCCGGACGGCGGGCGGAGGAGCCGAGGGGCCGUCGGCGAGCCUGUCCCCUCCUCCCAGGGCGUCGGAGGAGGGCGAGGAGGGCGGUGCCGUGGAGGCGGUACUGACCGAGGAGGACCUGAUCCAGCAGAGCCAGGCCGAGUACGACUCGGGCCGCUACAGCCCCACCCUGUUGCAGCCGUCCGAGCUGCCGCUGGACACCCACACCAUCGACGCCGAGGAUGACCUGCAGCGCCUCGUCCUCGCUCGCAGACAGCUGCAGGUCACGGGUGAUGCUAGUGAGAGCGCGGAGGAUGCGUUUGUGCGACGGGCCAAGGAGGGCAUGGGUGGCGAUGAGGCCCAGUUCAGCGUCGAGCUCCCGGUCACCGGCAAGAUGUACCUGUGGGCGGACAAGUACCGGCCGCGCAAGCCGCGCUUCUUCAACCGCGUGCACACGGGCUUCGAGUGGAACAAGUACAACCAGACUCACUACGACUUCGACAACCCGCCGCCCAAGAUCGUGCAGGGCUACAAGUUCAACAUCUUCUACCCGGACCUGAUCAACAAGCGCUCGACGCCGCAGUACUUCCUGGAGCCCAGCCCCGACAACAAGGACUUCGGCGUCCUGCGUUUCCACGCGGGGCCGCCCUACGAGGACAUCGCCUUCAAGAUCGUCAACCGUGAGUGGGAGUAUUCGCACCGCCACGGCUUCCGGUGCCAGUUCGCCAACGGCAUCUUCCAGCUGUGGUUCCACUUCAAGCGCUACCGCUACAGGAGGUAGAGCAGGCUGGACGGCCGGGCCGGGCCGCUGGGCCUUUAGUGAUGUCCUCCGUCGACGUAUGUGUCUAGUCUGUUGUUGGAUGCAGGGUUUUGAAGCUUUGAGAACGCUGUUCGGUCAUAAAACGCCUACAAAUCGGGAACAAGUCAGAACUUUGGGAAAACAAUUAUUGAAUGAUUUCAGCCUGUACUGGUGUGUAUUGAUUGUAGGAGUGACCCAAAACUCUCUCGAAACAUCCCCGUGUAUGAUUGAUCCAUUCAGUGGUGUGAAUGGAAGAAUACACGUGAGCUGGUGCUGCCAGUCACAGAAUAUAAGAUUGUUGGAGCAAACCCCGCCCCAUGUGCUGACUGUACAUUUCCCUUAGCUAUUGUUUAAAUAUUGCUUAUAUUGUUUGACCUGAUCCAGCUACUCUCUCCCAAAGCUUGCUUUUUUUCCAUUUUUAAAAAAAAUAAAAUAUAUCUUUUCUUAA